CGCCAAUCAAUCGAGUCGUCACGACGUGUUCUCUGCUAUAUAUUGCACUCACUGGUCCGCUUGUCUGGUGUGCACAUCAGACGUCACGUCUGCCAUUGGCCUUGGCCGGCACAUCCUGAACACACCAGUCAGUCACAAGCCCAGCACACAUGCACACACAUCCAUCACACACAUCAAUCACAUCAUAUGAAUCGCAUUGCCGAAAACCGGCGAUACAGACAGGUUUGUUGUGCAUUCUUUGGUCAGUACGUACAAGUGCGUUUGCUGGUCUCCGCGCCGGGUGUGUCGGCGGUGUCCCCUCCUUGACCUCGCCCUCCUCCAUCUCGUCGCUCAUCCGAUGUGCAGCCCGGACAGCCUCGCUGCGGCCGAGCGGCUCGCGUUGCCUGUGCGGCGACAGCAAGGUUGGGAGCAAUAGUGAUUCAACCUGAUUCAACCCAGUGUCGGUUCGCCUGCCAGUGCGUGUCCUUGUCUGGGUUUGUCCAUCUUCCCGUGGGUGGUCAUGGUACCUGUCCCGUCUCCUUCGCUUGUCUGCCCUCCUCUCCCUGUCGUCUUCCCUGUCGUUUUCCCUCCGCCACCUCGACCGCUGAUGAUGCCGCUCACUAUCAUGACCUCCAUCAUCCUCCUCGCGCCGAGAACUGACACACACAAGAAAAGGCCUACGUUCGGAAUGAUAUAAACCCAUCCAGUUGUCCAACCGGCUCACUUGACUCACCGCAGCCUGGACCGCGACCGUGAGCGUGAGGUGGACUCAUCGGACCGCCGCCGCUUCUUCUUCUUGUUUCUCCUUUUGCGCCGGUGGCUGCGACUGUCGUCGGAGUCGCCAGCCCUCUGCUUAUCAUCAUGGUCAGGCUCGUGUGUGGGUCUGGGUGAGUGGUGGUCACUGGGUGGCGGGGACGGCUCGGGCGGCGGGGCACUGGAUGGUGAUGCUGAGAGGGCGACAUGGUACACACGGGGGGAGCUGGACAGCUGGAAGCAGCUCUGAAGAAAAGAAUGGAUGACAAUGAAAAGCGGGCCGGGCAUCCAAAUUAGGGUGUGAUUGAUCAUCGACUGUUGCGCGUGUGUUGGUACCAUUUACCAUUUGUGUGUCGAGCUUCCUCCUGGGGUCGCCUCCAGCCAAAAGGAUGUCCUCUGCUGGGGUCGGCUUGGCAGCAAUGUCAUCACCCUAUACAAGCAUACAAGACACACACAUACACACACUUCAAGGCCUCACCUUUGAUCGUCUUACCGACCUUAUCUUCACCCUUUGUCUCGGCUGCCUUCUCAUCUGCCUUUCGUUGCUCUGGAGCUGCCCCACCAGCUGCCCCACCAGCUGCCCCACCAGCAGCACCCUUGACAAAUGGGCAGCGAGUGAGAGGGAUGAUUCUGGUCUGGCCGCCGAUCGGGUAGAUGAACCAACCCUUUGAGGUGUGCACCACACAGACGUGCUCCGAAUACACUGUGCUCUGCACACACACCACAGGCAGGGGACAAUGAGGGCCUGUGUGGGUGCGUAGGGCUGGCCGGUCAGGUCAGCUGCUGCAGGUGUGUGUGGAGGAAAUGGUUGCCAGCCUUCUUUCCUUUGUUUGUUUACUAUGUAUUGUAUGACAUACAUGAGUGUCGACAAUGUGUGCUUGCAUGUUACUCGAACCAAUGAAGGUGCAGGGGCGAUCCAAAGGCACACACAACACCUCCUGCACACACACACACAUGCACACAAACCUGUGUAUGUCCUCUGUGUGUCACAUGUGGUUAGUGCCCACUCGCCUUGUUUCUGUGGAAUGCGCGCAGUGUGGCCGCGUCGCUGGUGUCAGGACAAGUGGCGUGGGCUCUGUCCGGGAGGCGGUAGUGGGACUGGCGGGGCUCUACAUGCAAAGCACACACACACACAUGGAUGGAUGGAUGGACGGAUGGCUGCAACCCUCCCCCCGUCCCGUCCCUCCCCUCCCUCCCUCCCUCCCUCCGUGGUCCACACACCUUUGUGGUUGACAAAAGCGGUCGAGGUGUCCUCAUCGUCACCAUCAUCCUGCAGCCAGCGAGUUGUACCACCACAUGCAGGCAGACAACAGAUGCAUAUAGGAUCCACACACCACAUCCAGACAGAACACCCCACCCCCACCAUGGGCUGCUGCUGCUGCUCCUGCGCCUGCUGCUGUGUCACAGGGCUGGUCUCAUCCUCAUCGUCUGCAUAGUCUUCCAGCCCAGCUAUCACGGCUCUCCUCGGCUGCUGUGGCGCUUCCUUGCCAUUGUGUGGCCUCUGUUCCUCCUGAUGCUGAUUCUGGGGGGGAGGGGAAGGCUCCCUGGAUCGCUCGUGCAAACGGAUCUCCAAAGAGCCCUGAUGGGAUGGGAAUGGAAUGGACACGCUGUGGGUGUGGUGUGGUGUGGUGUGGUGUUCUUGACUGAGUGACUGACCUGUCGUUUGGUGGUGGCCUGGAAGGCCAUACGUCCUCUGCUCUCCGCCAGGGCCUCUCUCGCCACCUGACCAAAGGCCUCGUCUGUCACCGACAGCAGAAACUUCAUGGCAGCCUGAUUGACCAACACACCACACCAUGGCAGACAGACAGAGGCACAUGACAUAUCAUUAGGAUGCCUCUCGUCAUUCCAUUCCACCCACCAUCUGAUCUGUACUUACGUUCUUGAUCUGCAGGUCCAGCGGGAGUUGGCUUGGCGGGACCUCCUGUACUCCAUCGUCAGCGGCCUCUGCCUUGUCGGCAUCGAUCACCACUGCGCCCGCCGCUGCAGCUGCAGAUGCCGUGCUGGCGUUCUUGGGAGAAGUGGGAGGGGUCAGCAACGCACCCUUCUCGCCCUCCUCCUCACCGGCGUCAUCAUCCUUCCUCUAGUACCCCAGACACAUACGCAGAGAGAGAGGGAGAUCCAGUCCACCGACGCUCGUGUCUAUCGAUCACGUCUAUCAUGAUGUGCCAGCCAAGCCCACCUUACUUACCUUGUGUUCCUCUUUCUUCUUGUCAAUGUCCCUCAGGCCAUCCCGCAGCCACUGAGGCAACACCCUCCCACCGCCACCGCCGCCGCCGCCGCCAGCAGGGGGAUGAUGGACCAUCUGCACACCACCACCAGGAGGACUAACAUCCCCAAAAGCCCCCACGUCACCACCAGCCAUGGCCAUCUGCUGCUGCAUGAUGGCCGCCAGCUGGGGGUGCAUCUGCAUCUGCAUGGGCCCACCACAGGCAGCUGCCUGUGCCUGUGGUGGGGCUGGUGGGGGAGGGGGAGGGGGAGGGGGCGGCUGGAAGCGGGUCACCGGUUGCAUCCCGGCAAGUGCCGCGUUUGCUGGGCUGCCGGCCUGUAUUGCGUGUGGUGUGGUCAUCCCUGGUGGAGUGGUUGGAGGGGGUGGGGGAGGGGGAAAGCCAUGCACAGCCACAGCACCAGGAGCAGCACCGAAUUGGGGCAUCUGCAGACCCACCGGUGCAACACCAAACGCCUCUGGAGACAGACAGACGGACAGACGGACAGACGGACAGACGGACAGACGGACAGACGGACGGACGGACGGAAGGACAGGCAGACAGCCAUCCAACACACGGUGUGUGUGUGUGUGUUGGUUACGAGGUGGUGGUGGUGGCGGUGGCGGUGGUGAGAGAUGAGGCACACCCACAUGAGGCAUCUGGUGAAGCAUCGCUGAAGGCGGCAGACCCCCGCCGAGAGGCGAGCCAGCCUGAAUGGAUGAAUAAACACACAAAGGGACAGUCCUCAGUGCGAUGCGAGCCACACUGCUGGCAUUUUGGAUUGGUAUGACGUCGUGCCCCACCUACCUGCAUCCACCGGUCUUGUGGCAUCGGGACCGGCACCAUCAGAGGGGCGGCGGGAGGCGUCAACACUGAAUGAACAAACACACAGACAGAAAGGCAGACAGGCAGCCGAUGGGAAGAACCGUUCGAUUCAUCUAUGUCACUCUAUACUCACUCACAGCCAGCCUGACUGAGCACACAGUUCUGCCUGCACAGAUCUAUCUAUGUCGGUUGGUUCACACCAUCCCCACCUUGCAUGUUGAGCAUCAUGGCCGCCGCCUCCUGCUGCGGGAGCACCGAGGCUGCCGGUCCCGCGGCGGCUUGAGCCUGACGCGGUUGCUGCGCCUGUCCCUGUGCCUGUGCCUGCUGCUGGUGUUGGUGCUGUUGCUGCUGUUGCUGUUGCUGCUGUUGCCUCUGCCGCGCCCAUUCCUCCACGGCGGCACUCCAAUCGAUGUUGGCGUCCUCACUCAUCUCAACCAAAACACACAGAUCUCAGUCGACUGGCUCAUCAACACAACGCAUGCAAAUGCCUCUUCCCAGGGCCUCUUCCUUUC